GCGACCAUUCCUCGAGGAUUGAGAAGAGGAAGCUGAAGAAGCAGACGCAGAGAGACGCAGACGACGGUGGGUAGAGCGACGGCCCCGAGCCGGAAACACCGGGGUGAGAUGCACCCUUAUCGCUGUUAUCGCUAUCAAUCGCCUGUGGGGUUUCCAUCUGGGAGCACCGCAUUUCCACGAAGGCUGAUUCAACUAACAACUUCUAACUGUAUCCUAGAUUAACACGGACUUUUUAAUCCCGUCUAACGUUCUCUUCAACUUCGGGAUCAGGUAAAGGAUAGAAGAAGAAGAGAAUGGGAGGCGCAGAAUGGAGUGGUUGGUUGCAGCGAUGUCGAGAAUCACGAAGACUUGUCCUCGUGAUUGUUGCCAUUGCUUUACUGCUCGACAACAUGCUUUUAACAACUGUCGUUCCAAUAAUUCCGGAAUUUCUCUACGACAUAAAACACCCUAACUCAACCCUAAGUGAACAUCUCGAAGGAAAUCACAGAGCAGAGGUCAUAACAACAACGACUACAAUUGCAACAACGAUUCCAACUAUGACUACUACAACUUCACCAAUUACACCUCCAAUACCAAAAUGUUCUUGUCCUUGUAAUAAUACAUCCAGUAACUCUCAAUUGGAAUUUCUUUCUGGUACCACAAUGUCUGCCGAACUGACAGAUUCAACUACGAUAAAUGCUACAACGGCUGAAUUUAAAGAAAAGGAACAAAGGCAUAAAGAAUUGUUAGAAGAAACGGUUGCUGUUGGGAUGAUGUUUGCAUCUAAAGCAUUUGUACAAUUACUUGCUAAUCCUGUUGUUGGACCAUUAACUCACAGAAUAGGCUACAGUAUUCCUAUGUUUACUGGAUUCAUUAUUAUGUUCAUCUCUACACUGAUAUUUGCUUUUGGUCGAAGUUAUGGUAUAUUAUUUUUGGCACGUGCACUUCAGGGUAUUGGUUCCUCGUGUUCCAGUGUUUCAGGUAUGGGGAUGUUGGCUGAGAGAUAUCAAGAUGACAAAGAACGUGGUAAUGCGAUGGGUAUAGCUCUUGGUGGAUUAGCCCUUGGAGUAUUAAUUGGACCACCCUUUGGUGGAGUUAUGUAUGAAUUUGUGGGAAAAUCUGCACCAUUUUUAGUACUCUCUGCAUUGGCUCUCGGUGAUGGACUGUUACAACUUUUGAUGCUUCAACCAUCCGUGGUGUAUACGGAAGCCGAACCGCCAUCUUUGAAAUCAUUAGUUACUGAUCCAUAUAUUAUUUUAGCUGCUGGUGCAAUAACAUUUGCAAAUAUGGGUAUAGCUAUGUUGGAACCAAGUUUACCUAUUUGGAUGAUGGAUACGAUGGGUGCUAGUCGUUGGAAGCAAGGAGCAACAUUUUUACCUGCGAGUAUUAGUUAUUUAAUUGGAACUAAUCUUUUUGGUCCUCUUGGUCACAGAAUGGGCAGAUGGUUAGCAUCACUAAUCGGCCUCGUUGUAAUUGGCCUCUGUUUAAUGUGUAUACCUCUAGCUACCAGUAUUAAUCAUUUAAUCAUUCCUAAUGCUGGAUUAGGAUUUGCAAUUGGCAUGGUAGACAGUUCAAUGAUGCCUGAAUUAGGAUACUUAGUAGAUAUUAGGCAUUCUGCUGUUUAUGGUAGUGUUUACGCUAUUGGAGACGUCGCAUUUUGUUUGGGCUUCGCUAUAGGACCAGCAUUAAGUGGAACGCUGGUUAAUACUAUAGGAUUUGAGUGGAUGCUUUUUGGAAUCGCCAUUUUGAAUUUCCUGUACGCUCCUUUAAUGUAUUUCCUCAGAGCACCACCGACGAAAGAGGAAAAGAAGUCGUUGAUAAUUGGCGAAAAAUCGUCCGUGCGCUACGUAACGUACCAGAACGAAGAGGAUGAUCAAUAAAUCACGCAAAUCAAUUGGCAUAACUGUGACGCUUUAAACUACGGUAAAUCUUUUUUCUUUCUUUUUGAUUAUCCUUUCUCUCUCUCUCUCUCUCUCUCUCUCUCUCUCUCUCUCUCUC